AUCUCGUCUCUUGUAGAUUCUAGUCUGAAUUUUAGACUAGAAAAACGACAUUUGCUUCCCAUUUAAAUGGGCUAAAUUUAGAAAUAUAUAUUCUUCUUAUGCAUAUGUCAGGAACAUGAAGAUCAAGCUAUACGUGCAUACUUUGAAAGAAAUUAUAAUAAUUUGUAUUCAAAAUGGCUAAUACUGCUAGCUACCACCCUCUGCUAAAUUGUUUGGUAACUCGAAAUAUUUUGAAACAUGUUGACCGUUCCUUGAGGAAGCACCUUCGUCUUGUUUGUUCUCACUGGAAUCAAGUUAUUGCAACUUCAUAUCUCGGGAAGGAUUGUGUUCUCCUUCUGGACGACGUCAAUCUGGAGGAAUUUAUAAAUUAUAUUGGCACAUCGAUGCUACCAGAGUCACAGUUUGAAAAUAUACGAAUAAAAAUUAACAGCUCAUUCUCAUUGGAACCUAAUGUUCAAAUCGUUGACGAUUUUUGGCAAACUGCAAAAUUUAUGCGUUUUCUGUCGAUGGAAAUUACGACACUGUUUGCAAAGGAAAGACUUGAAAAUCUCAUUUUAUAUAAUUUACCUAAUUUGCAAAGUCUCAAAAUCACGAUUACAAAAUUUUGGGACUAUUGUGAUGUGAACAAUGACAAUUGCAGAAAAAUUUCGAGACCUGGCAAUAAAAUUUCUCCCAAUUACAACCUAACCAAAUUCAGCUACAUAGAUUUAACUUCAGUUGAAAUACUUGGCUUCCAAGCCACAGAAAUAAACGAAUUUGAUUUUCCAAUAGAAUUUUAUGAUUUUUUUAAACGGUACCCAAGAGUAAAUAGCCUAAGUUUCAUAGGACUGUCUACUCGAGAUGUUAGCAAACUUGCCGAUUUUCUACAGACUUUGCAACAAGAGAAAGUUCACCUGAAUUUGGAAAUACUGGAGAUUUUAGACGAAAAUAUGUGUGCAACCGCACCCAACGAUGACCACAUAAAAUCAUUUUCUAAACUUGCAACGUCCCACUUUGAAAAAUUGUCGCAACUUCAUCUCGAGCUGACCCCUGAAUUGGAUCUCGUCCUACUUUAUGAACUUUUAAGAAAGUUGAGAAUAUCAUUGAAAAUCUUGAAACUUCGACGGUUUCCACUAAUGCAUGAUAUGACCCCGAUCACAUUUACAAAUACAAAUUUAUCUAAUGUAACGUUUUUGGAAGUUUCAAAUGAACUUGUGGAAUCCCUUGAUUUUCUUCCCCUAAAUUUUCCUAAGUUGCAAACCCUUCACAUAAUUAUGAGAGAUUAUCGUCAUCUUGAGCCUACCUCAGUGAUUCAAAAUACAGUCAUGAAUAACUUUCCGGUGCUUAAUCACGUGCAAACUCUUUUUAUCGAACAACCAUUACAAUCCGAAGAUUGCAUUGAACGAAUUUGUCACCUGUUUCCCAACUUGAUUAGUUUGAAACUGAGAAUGAAUAACGCAAUGAUGCACGAAUUGUGCAAAAGUAAACCCCAGUGUCUGGAACGACUGCAUAUCAUAUCUUGGGAUGGACUGACAGACGAAGGUUUCACGGGAAUCUCGGAUCAUUUAUUAAGAAAUGUGGGGUGGAUGGAUAACUACGAGGAAUAUCGUUAUCAGGCUUACAUUGGCGUUUUAAAAUCGUUAAACGAACUAAUCGUCGAAAUGUGGCCAGACUGCUCCAACCGUAUUUCCGAUGCGUCAGUUUAUUUUGGGUUCCUGGAUUUACCAAAUCUGGCAAAUUUUCUUGGAAUCAGAACGCAAAUUACGUCAACGGCAGCGAAACGUUUCUCAAAAUCGGUUCAUUGGUGUCUGGAAGAGUGAAAGGUGAAAGGUGAAAGUUGACAACAUUUUGCAUUUGAGCAGCGUAUGAAAACUCCGUGUUUUUGGACAAUGACGAUAUACAUUUACCUGCAUGCAUAUUUAUUGAAGUACUCGAUCUCAUUUUAGCGUGCAUGAAAACAUUUCCCCAAUGAUAUUAUAAUGUAAUACAAUGAGGAAAAAUAGUCUAGAAUCGCAAAAUUCUAGGAAAUAAAUUUAUCAAAAUGAGUACAAACAA